AUGGAUAGUCAAGAUUUCUAUAACAUGUUUGCGGGAAGUGGUGCGGCUAUUCAAAGUCCAGCUAGUAUCAUGCAGAAUGUCAACUUAGAAAAUGAAUUGGGAACAAUGCAGAAGCCACCCAAACUGAUGAGCUUAGAUGAAUAUUCUGGAUGGUCCGAAAGGUUUAAAAACUGGGUUCAGGCCAACCAUUUCGAGUGUUGGAUGAAGAUCAAAAAGAAAUACGUACCUCCAGUUGAUGGGCUCAGGAUGGUUAAACAUAUUGGAAGUUUUACAGAUACUGAACAGACAGAUUUUAAAGCUGAAAAGAAAAUGGUGAGCAUCUUGCAGCAAGCCAUUAAAGAAGACAUCCUCGUAUUGCUACAACAUGACGAAAGUUCUCAGUCAAUCUGGCAAGCGCUAGAACUGAAGUUUAAAGGAAGUGCUUCUAUGAUCAAGAGCAAAAAGGCGCUUAUCAAGAAAGAGUUCGAUAUUUUUACUGGGAUCAAAGGAGAGUCAACGAAACAGUUAAUCGAAAGAUAUUGUCACCUUAUAAAGAAGAUGAAUUCGGCUAGCAUGCAACAAGACGUAUCUUUAUACUACAAAGGCAGUCCUUCAGUUGCAAAUCUUCAAAGUCCAAAGAUACACACAAGAUUCAGUGCUGAUAACACUUCAAAUGUUGCAUCAAGUUCUCAUCAAUCAAGCAGUUCUACACCUUUCGCAAGUUUUGAACCGAAUGUCAAAGUUCAGGAACAGUCUUCGCCUCAAAGCUCUACCGGAUCUAAUCAUCAGGCGUAUAUUUCUGGAGUACAGUGUAAUAUCGCAGUGAACAUCAAAAAUGGAAACGAGAUAACGAAGGCUGCUGCGAAGCAACAUAUUGCACUACUCGCUUCCGUUCUCGAGGCAUAUGAAGGUCUAGUUGCGGGGAAAAUUGGAAAUCCGGACAUGACAAAGGAGGACUAUGACCAAAUAGACCCCGAGGAGCUUGAACUGAUUGACAUUAAAUGGGGUAUGGCAAGCCUAGUUCGUCGUGCUCAAAGGUUCAUGGAAAUCACGGGAAGAAACAGUUUAUCAGGUCCGGAUCAGAAGUUGGGAUUUGAUAAGUCGAAAGUAGCUGCAGGUUUUAGUUGGGAUAAAUAUAUCCCUGGUAAAGAUGAUCAGGUUAUGAUGGCAGAGGUGGUUGAGAUUUCUGAGGUAGUGUCUGAACCGGAGAUUGUUGAUGAAGUUGUUUCUGAAGUUGUUGAAGAGAUUCCUACAGAAAGUUAUUUCGAGAAACCAAGAACCGGAUCUUGUCCUAGAUUUGAGGAGAAGAAAGAAGCCGUCGAAGAAGUGAUUGAUGUGUCUAAAGAAAUGACCGGAGAAGUUCUGAAAGACAUUGCAGACAAAGCUUUAAUGGGAAAGCUUAAAGAGGUGUUGGAUGAUGAAAGUGAGAAAUCUGAAAAGGCUAAUUCUAAGAAGGUUGUCAGUGAUUCUGAAGACGAAGGAAAUUUCUUAGAUCGAUAUAAUGUCAAGUUCGAAAAUGUUGAGAAAGUGUUUAAACUGGUUGAAUUGAAUGUUAACGAAAUCAAUAACAAUGAAUUCUUUUCGAAACUGAAAAAAUCGUUUGGUACUUCACGUCCAACAAGUUCGGAAAAGAAAGAUGGGGUUGGUAAAGGUCAAAACAAGAAAAAUCAGUUUAAAAACAAAGGUAUUGGGUUUGAAAAGAAAAUGGCUAAACAAAUGUUUAAGCCAAAAGAAAAGAUAAAUGAUGUUUUUGUUGCUGGUCCUAGUACUGAUGUUGAAAAGGAUUAUACUUUUAGUCAAAAAGCUGUGGACGAUUUCAAUGCAGCACAGAAACUUAAAGAAGAAACGGUUAAUACUACUUUUGUCGAGCAUGAUAAAAGAGUGUGCUAUCGCUACAAUGAGAUUGGACAUAUGGCAAAACAGUGUCAAAAAGUGUUUAAGAAACAUGUUGUUGAGAAACCAGUUCAAAAACAAAUGUUUGAGAAACCAAAGUCUUGGAUCGUGAAAUCAAAACCGUCAAUUGAGGUCAAGAAGAUGGAGAACGCUUUGAAAAUCGAUUCAAAUCUUUUUAAAGAUGAUGUGGUUGAUUUUGAAAAUGUAGAUCAGUUUCUUGAUGAAUUUCCUCCAAUAACCAGCAAAGUUAAAACAAUUAAAAAAAAGAAGGUUCCAAAUGUCAUAUUCGAUUUUCCGAAAACAAAUGAAAAGUGUGAUGUUGUGUUCGGGAGUGUGUCGGAAGGGCUGCCCAAGUCAAUUCUUUCAAGAUGGAUUAUGGACAGCGGAGCUUCACGUCAUAUGACUGGAACUUUAGCCCUUCUGUAUGAUGUUAAGUCAAUCAAUGGAAGCUAUGUUGGGUUCGCAGGGAAUCAAGGAGGAAGAAUUGUCGGUCAAGGAACGCUUACAAACGGAGUGAUCUCAUUUGACAAAGUGUCUAAUGUAGUAUUUGAUCCUCUUCACAACAGCUGUUGUGAUUUGGAUGCUGAAAAAUAUCCAGAACUGUGUACAGAUCUCAUAUUGAAUGCUUCUGGAAGAAUGCCGUCUAUGAUGAGCACAAUAAAGCUUAUCUCUUUAGUUGUAGAAGUACAUGGCAAGUUGGAGAAGAUUCUUGUUACUGAAGCUCUCAUACAUGAAGUGAUUAACUUUCCUGAUGACGCAGAUUCUCCAAUGAGAUUUCCAGAACGUAUGGUGAAGGGGUGUAUGUUGAGGAUGGGAUAUCAGGGAGCGUUAAAUGCCGCAAAUUAUUUGAAGUUGUUGGUGCACUGCAUCUGCUGA